AUGGAUCCUGAGGUGGGACUCACUGCACAGGAACAGGUUCUCCUGCUUUAUGAUACCAAACUGCAGUGUCUUCAGAACAUUUCUGAGCAUGAUCCUGAAGAUAACGUGUGUGCACCAGGAUGGGAUGGGCUCAUUUGCUGGCCUCAGGGUUCUUUAGGGACCCUCACCAAAGUUCCGUGCCCCAGAUACAUCUACGAUUUCAAUCACAACGGCUAUGCGUACCGUAAGUGUGAUGUGAAUGGAACCUGGUUCUCGCUGGAGAACAGAACCUGGGUAAACUACUCCGAAUGUCUGUGGUUUCUGACUCCAGGCAAGGAAAGAGGCAAGAAGGACUUUUUUGAAAGACUGCACAUCAUGUACACUGUUGGCUAUGCUGUAUCCUUCAGCUCUUUGCUGGUAGCCAUUUUUAUCAUCGGCUACUUCAGGCGUCUUCACUGCACCAGAAACUAUAUCCAUAUGCACCUGUUUGUCUCCUUUAUGCUGCGUGCUGUCAGCAUAUUUCUAAAAGACCUUGUGGUGGACGCCAAUGGCGGCAUGCAGCAGUACGACGCUGUGCUCAUGGACGACAUCAAUGUGGUUUCUAUUAGCCCUCUGGACAAGACUCAGUAUGUUGGCUGUAAAAUCACAGUGCUGCUGUUUAUCUACUUCUUAGCCACAAACUACUACUGGAUCCUAGUGGAAGGACUUUACUUACACAGCCUUAUUUUUAUGGCCUUCUUUUCUGACUUCAAGUACCUCUGGGGCUUCACGCUUAUAGGAUGGGGUGUUCCCGCUCUCUUUGUGUCAGCUUGGGCGGUCGUCAGAGCUAUUUUGGCAGAUGCUCGGUGCUGGGAACUAAGUGCAGGCAAUAUUAAGUGGAUUUACCAGGUCCCUAUUUUGACAGCAAUUGGACUUAACUUCAUUCUGUUUGUCAAUAUCGUACGAGUUCUGGCCACCAAGAUCCGUGAGACGAACGCAGGACGAUACGACACACGCAAGCAAUACAGGAAACUGGCAAAGUCUACACUGGUGUUGGUGCUGGUGUUUGGGGUGCACUACAUUGUGUUCGUGGGGAUGCCACACACUUUCACUGGUCUGGGCUGGGAGCUGCGCAUGUACUGUGAGCUAUUCUUCAACUCUUUUCAGGGAUUUUUCGUGUCCAUCAUUUACUGCUUCUGCAAUGGCGAGGUCCAGACAGAGAUACGCAAGACAUGGCAGCGUUGGACCUUAGCGUUUGACUGGAAGGGUCCGGUUGUGCUGGUUAAUUACCGCUACCGAUCAGUGUUGACUAGUGUUAACAGCAACAGCAGUGUUCAAUCCCAGGUCCCAGCUCCACUGACUAACCCGGUGUAUCGCUCGUCUAGACGGAUCAGCAGCACUCGCAUGUCGCACAGCGUGCAUGCACACUCGCACCUCACCCUGCCUGGGUACGUCUUUAAUAACUCAGAUGCCGAGAGUCUGCCUCCGUCCAUCCCAGAGGAGAAUGAAGAUGAAGCCAAACACGUUGAUGACAUCACACUUAGGGAAAGCACAAGAGUUUUUCCGAAUGAUGGUGGCAAAUUCUCGGACGAUAUAAUCCUUGAGAGUAAGGCCAAGCAUGCCAGUGCAUUCAGAGAGGACGCCAGCGCUGGGGACAUCGUACUGAAAGAUUCGGUGCGGUACAGCAGUUUGGAUCAGGAUGAAGUACUGGAGCUAUAGAAGGAAAAGGAAAGGUCAUGUGUUAGAUUGCCUUACAUAUGCAAAGUUACGGCUUAACUUGUUCAUAUAUCAUCUUUCUGUGAAAACUGUGAGAAAGAUCCCAAUUGGGAUUUUCAUUCCGAGGUAAUGUGAAAUGAAAACGCCAAUGGAGAUUCAUGUGAAGUGCCAUUAGACGUGCAGCUAAGAGACCUUUUCCA